AUGAGCAAAAAUGCUAACACACUCCCAAAUUGGCAUUUCACAAGCAGAACGAGGUCUCAUACAAGUGUCUAUCAGGCAAGCAAAAAAGAAGUAGAGCAUGAUCUUGGACUCAUGAAAUGUAUAGAUGAUAGCUCUCAAUCAACGACCGCUUCAAAUAAUUUAUCAAACACAAGGGCAACUAUCAAAAAGAAAAUAAAACAUUUUAAGCAUAAGCAAGUUGACGAAAAAACUGCUCUUCAAGCCUUAAGCUUGUUGCAAGAGACUCAAAAGCCUGUUCAAAAGAGUGAUAUGGUAAUUAAAAUCAAAAUCCCCAAAAAGAAAAGCAUAAAAACUCUUAGAUUACCUCUGCAUCCACAGCUACUGCCCAGCUUUAUUUUAAACAAAAAGAAUGGGUUUACGUGCUUCGCUAAUAGUUUUUGGAAAGUAAAAGGUUUUCCUCAGAAAUACCUUAGCAAAUUUUACGAAAAAACCAAAAGGAGUCUUUCAGAUCGAGAAAAUCUGGUCUGUCCAAGUGGAAAAGGCUCAAUACACACCGCUCUUGCAUAUAAAAUAUCCCAAGAAAAUGAAAAAAUUAAACUGCCUCAAUUGAAUACCUUGUCUAGAUAA